AUGAAGUACGCACUAAUCUUCGCUGCCACUGCAGCUGCCUACGAGGCCUACGGCGGAUACGGUGCGGAUGUGGAGUCCAGCUCGGCUGUCAAGCCUAGCACUUCCGCAAAGCCUAUCGGAUACACCACCAUCGUCCCAGGCUAUGGCAAGCAGCCGGUCACUGUGACCACCCAGCACCAGCCGUACCCAACCUGCGUUUCUCCUGCCUACGGCGGUAAGGAUUGCGCCAAGUGGGAUGAGGACGCCUACGUGUCGACUGUGAUCAAGGACUACGACAACAACUACGCUACAAUCACCAAGACUGCGCAACCUGUCGUUGUCUACCAUACCAAGAAGACUAUCACCCACUCCGCCACUGCCACAAGCGGCUACGCUGCGCCCACCGGCGUUGCCUACAAGAACGGCACUGAGGGUUGCUGGUACGAGUUGUACGAGAAGAUCGAGGAGGUGCCAUACAACCAACUUGGUCCUCACGCACUUCCCGGAUACCCCGGCUCCGGUCUCUACAAGGAGGGCGAGAAGAAGCAGCCCGUUAACGUCAAGGAGUACAAGGGCGGAAAGUGGUCUGAGUACGUCCACGAGUACUCCUACGGCACUCCCAAGCCUGAGGUCACCACCUACGAGAAGCCCGGUGUCUACACAAUCCCUAGCAAGGAUGUCACUAUUGACCACCCUGUCACCUACCCAGCUGAGGCUACCAAGACUGCGAAGGCUGGUGAGACAUGCACCUACGGAGGUCAGUCCAUCGAAGCCAAGCAGACCGGUUACAUCACUGGUGCUUAUGCUGCUUAUGAGACAAAGGUCAACGGUGGUAAGACCGUGACUGAGACCGUGAUCAAGCACACCACAAUCUAUGCCUCUACCACUGGCAACUACGAGGUCGCAAAGCCCACAACCACCGUGUACGACCAUGACACCGAGGUCGCAUACCCAACUGCUAAGCACUACGAGGCGGGUGUUUACCACCACGAGGCUCAGACUGUCACUAUCACCAAGCCCGGACAGGCCUACACUUGCGAGUACGAGCAGACCAAGAAGCACGAAGCUACCUCGACACCCAAGAAGAGCACCGACCACUCGGCCUACCCUACCUCUAGCAGCGACAAGCCUUCCGCUACUCCUUACGUUCCCGCAGCUUACCAGCCUGCCCCUGCUGAGGGCUACAGCAAGCCCCAGACUGGCUACGCUAAGCGUGGUGGAUUGAACGAGCGUCGCAAGAUCGCUGCUGCGAACUAG